ACUGUGGUCGAGUGAGGGUGUCGCAGACGUUGUGAGGAGCAGUCAUUUUAUCCUGUUUUAAACUCCUCCAGUGUGUUAAGAGUGAUGACAUUAGUACAACUCCAUACUAGUGAAUUCCGUGUAUCUCUUAUCGUAUAUUGCCAGUGAGGAAUAACUUCUGCUGAGGAUAUCAAUUAAAAAUAGCAAGAAAAAGCCCGUGGACCGUGAGGCUGGCUGAAAGAGAGGAACGUGCUAGUGAGGACCUGACUUGCUGCGGUGGAUGUUACAAGACAACGUCAGUAGGGGCAGCACAGUACCCGGCCAGGCGUCGUGCCGUGAGUGAUGGCCCGUGUGAGGGUGAACCAGUCCUGCCUCACCAUGGACCACCGACUAAGAUGGUGGUGUCGAUGAGCUGUGUCGGGCCGGUAGAGCAGCGGGGCGGGGCCACAGCUGACCCGCGCUGACCCAGCUUGACCCUCACCAUGCGGGCCCUCACAUACAGCUGGAUCGGGCUGUCGGCGGCCGCGCCCCUCAUCUUCCUCAUGUGCGCCUGGGUGCUGGGGGUCUUCCACUCUUACCGCCGCCAGUGGCGCUCAGUAGAUCUCUUCCUGCUGGCAGUGUUCGUGCAAGAGCUGCUGAUGGCGCUGCAAGUGUUCGCUUAUGCUCUCCUGAGCCUCAUGAGGCCCGAGUCUUCGGCUGCGUGUGGUGCUUUCGUGUGGAGUCUGAGUGCCACGCGGACCCUACAGGCGGCCACGGUUGCGUCGCUGCUGGUGGACCGCGCGCUGACCAGCCAGUGGCCUUACAAGUACCGGUUCAGUGUCCGUCGCCACCAGAUCCGUUACCACCUGGCAGUGUUGGCCACCAUCGCUGCCCUGGUGGGCGUGGCCGCCAUAUUGGCUCGGCCGUCUGACGCGCUGGACACGUUCGAGCACUGUACCUUCCUGCCGCACGCCCUGCAUGUACGCCUCUCCCUAUUCGUGCUGAGUGUGUACGGGCUGCUGGUGGUGGCUGGCGGGGUGAGUGUGGGGGUAGUGCAGGCAGGGCGAGGGUGUAACGAGCCCUCUCCUGCACACUCAGACAUGGCACCCAUCGCUGCCACCACCACCUCCUCUACCAGUUCCUCCAGUGGUGGACGCCAGGGUACAGCUCUCCAUGCGGCGGCCUCGUCUGCAUCCACCACAUCAUCCAAUGCGUCGUCAGGACGGAUGGGCGGCGUGCAUGGAGCUAUGCACGCCGCAUCCUCCACUUCGGACCUAGUGCCCCCGCCACCGCCCCACAGGCCGCCACCCGCGCUGCCCGGCAGGACACACAAGGGUGUGGGCGUCAACAAGCCCAGUGGGGUGCCUCGCACGCCUGCCUCAGACUUCCGCUGGGGGACAACUCUGGCUGUGGCGGCCCUGUGCUUUCUCGUCAACCACUUCCCAUACAUGGGGCUGACGGUGGUGGGGACGUUUCUGUCGUCGUUUCUACCGAGUUGGCCCAUCGAGAACAUAGCUCUCUGGCUCUCCCUGGCCGAGGGCCUCCUUCUCCCGAUAGUGUUGGGCCUCGUCGACGCCACCUUCAGCGAAGCGGCCGGCUCCUCCUGCUCCAGAGACAAGCCUCUACCCCACAAGUAUGACGACGGCGAUGGUCCCUUCCGAUUGUUCCCGAAGGAGGAAGUCAAGUCGUUCCCCCUGACGAACGGCUCGCUCUUCUCCUCUCUGCUUAACAUGAACGUCGACAACCCUUCCCAGAUCCUGCCCUCCUACCGGCGAGGUGGUGGAGUGGGACUGAAGAUGGGGGUAUCAUCGCAAGAGAUCCGCGGCCUUGUGGGGACAGGGGCGCCGGCACGCAUGAGGGACCCUUACGGCCCGCCAUACUUCCCGCGGGAACCUACAGAGUCCCUGGGUUCGGCUGCCACAAGCAGCCAGGACCCCAUCUACUCCGACCCGCUCUCUAAGGUCGGUAGUGUGGACAGUUCCCUGAAGGAAGACCACAUCUACGCCACACUCUCUGAAACUUUUGGCUCAAUGUCAUCCCUCAGCGAUGGCUUCCUCGGAGAUGACCAGCGCUGCUCUUCUGUCACCACUGUGGCCAACGAUGACUUCGAGUUCCACGACCCUCGAGCCACCGUCACACCUGAACCCGUGCGCUACACGACUGAGAGUAACACCAUGGUAGACUCCUGCUCUAUGUCAGUUGCUAACCGACCGCCAGCACAGUUGCCGCCCGAGGCCCACCUUUCCGCCCCCGAGGACGCUUACCAUUUCUCUACCAACACAGAAUCCUCGACGACCUACUCUACGGCCUCAUCCUUUAGAUCCUCAUGUUCCCAGGUCACCGCUACUGUCGAGAAUAACGCUAACAACAGUAAAGACAGCAAGAAAGAUGACAAUGAAGACUCGCCUGAAAUUGGGUUUUACAACACUGGAUUCGAAUGCGACACACUGGAAUUAAAAAAAGAUUACUUCCGAGAUCGUGGCCCGGUAGACAGCUUGGAUCUUCGCUUGAGCAAGGAAGACACAGAGAAGACAGGUGACGGAACUCUCUCUCGCAAGCAUCGUUCCUCUUCGCUGUCUAUGAAUGACUUAGACCGACUUGAUCCCAACCCAGAAAAGGAAGAAGAAAUGAUGUUCAUUCUUCCUGUUAAGAGUGAAUCCAUGCUGAGUCUAUACCGCCUCUACCUGGCUGAGGACGAGGCCGGUACCAGUCUCCAUUACUCUGUAGAAGUGUCGCGAUCUGAGGGCGACUUAUCAGUUCUGGCAGCCGUCGAGAACGGUGGGGUAGGCGAAGGCAAGAGCGAAAGCGCCUUGCACGAAGUUUACCAGAAACGGCGAGCACCAGAAACAACGGGUAGCAGAGUCAAACGCCAACACAAGAUCCAGCGUGCCAAGGGAAUGCAACAGAGGGCCAGGAAGAACCCAACAGUUACUCCCGCCACCCUAAGCAACCACAGCGGCACAGUGGUAAACAGCGGAACAGGCACUAACGGCAUGCAAGUGGCUGUUAUGGAUAAAACACGAAGGAGAAACGGAAUAAUCACCAUCCAAGACCCGUCAGUGUUGUCUGUAGAGGAGCUGUUCCGUGUGCUUGACCGAGCAUCAUCCAAACCAGCUGUUCCUUACACGGACUCUGGCGACCGUACACACUCGCCACUCCCUGUUCCCGCGCCACGCCAAGAACCCGACUUCAAGAAAAUCUUUGUGAGUGAAUACUUGUAAUAAAAUUUCUCGGGGCGAGUUCACGAUACCUGAGAAGAAACUCGUAUGUGUUGUUGCUUAUGAUAAGAAAAAAAUAUAAGUUAACGUGAGUCUGUGCAAGUGGUGACAUCAUAACAACUAUCAGGCAACUAAAAUAAAAAUCAAUAAAUGACAUAAUAAACACAAACAUUUUUAUAAACUUAUUAUAGUAAAUAUUCUGACGUACAAUUUAUGAACAAUAUUUGAUCUGUUCAAUAACAGAAAAUGAAAAAGCCAAUGUACUGUAGAUGUUUUCUAUCAUAAAUAAACUUCAAGUACAAACUGGAAGCGUCCAGCUUGUGGUGAUUUAUAUAGUGUUAGUGUACAGCCUCAUCUAUUUUCCCGGGAAGGCCACUUCGGGGCUUCCUAACACAGCCACUUCAAGGCUGCCUGGGAUACCUACAUCCAGUCAGUACCUUGCAGGCCAGCAGAGGGAACAGAAGUGAUGGCUGCAGCAACCAUCAGUGGCCAGUGUUAACCCAAGGGCCGUGUAUGACUGGAAAUCCAGUUCGGUCAGGCAACCCCACCUCCAAUAACCUACUCUCUUGAGCUCUCGUGUUCUCAAGGUCUUAGAAUGUUCGUUAAAUGUAUAUAGACCUAUGUAUAGUUACUCUUCUUAACAAUUAAGUUUCCAUUUUGUAUGAAAAUAUUUUAUAAUAAAAAUUUUCUCGGUGCAUAAUUUUGUAUACAGUACAUAUUACAAGAUGUUUAUGUAUUAUAUAAUGUUCCCAGUGUUUGUAUCUUCCUGGUGAGGUCAACUGUCGCCACACUUGAGAAAAAAUCCCAGGAUUAUACUCAGACCCCGUCAACACCACCUCAAGUGUGAGCGUCAGGCGCCCUCAUCAGCCACUCACAAUACCAGAGUUUGGUCUCUCUGUGUUUCUUCCCUCCAAUCUUCCUUCACCACCACAUUUAAAUCACCAAUACGAAAUUAUAGUCUCAAAAGCUCAUGCCUCUGUAGAUAUGCCAUAGAAAAUGUACGUAAUAAACUUCACAACGCAACUCUCUUCGGAAUAUCAAUUACUGUACAGUAUAUAUAAGUGAGCCAGUUUUUUUUUUCUUAUCUACCUAAAAAAGUUAAUCUAUCUUUUUUUUCUGUAUUAUCUCAUACGAUGGUGUUGAACUCUUCUUAGCUCUGUCUCUUGAGGCUAUUCAAGAUCCCUGGCGAUAUCAUCAAAGUAAGGAAGCUUGAACCCUGUUGUGAUGAUAGUAAACUUUGGACAAUACCCUGUGCUCUAUACACUGAUAGCUUACCCUACAGUGAAUACCUGGCCAGAAGAGACUGUCAGAUGAACGAUUAUAAGUUGGUCUGCUGUCAAUUCCUUUCUUUCUAUCUCUCACGGACGCCCACAACUUCUACUUUCAUAUAAUAUAAAAUAAAACCGCCCGUCCACAGAUAGCUCAAACCUUGUCUCUCUACUGGUAGUUAAAAUGAUGGUUCCCAAGUGAUGACAGAUGCUUGUGGUGUUCCCCUGGCUGUAGACUGUAGCUGAUGGUGUUCCCCUGGCUGUAGACUGUAGCUGGUGGUGUUCCCCAGGCUGUAGACUGUAGCUAGUGGUGUUACCCUGGCUGUAGACUGUAGCUGAUGGUGUUCCCGUGGCUGUAGACUGUAGCUGGUGGUGUUACCCUGGCUGUAGACUGUAGCUGGUGGUGUUCCCGUGGAUGUAGACUGUAGCUGGUGGUGUUCCCGUGGCUAUAGACUGUAGCUGGUGGUGUUCCCGUGGCUGUAGACUGUAGCUGGUGGUGUUCCCGUGGCUGUAGACUGUAGCUGGUGGUGUUACCCUGGCUGUAGACUGUAGCUGGUGGUGUUCCCGUGGAUGUAGACUGUAGCUGGUGGUGUUCCCGUGGCUGUAGACUGUAGCUGGUGGUGUUCC